AAGAAUAAAAAAUAAGAGGCGAGCCAACCAGGGCCUUAAACAUUCAACUUUCUCUCUCCAACACCUUCACCUUUCGCAACUCAGUAACAACAUUGAAGCUAAUCGGUCAUAAGAAUGCACACACCAUCCCAUAAGCUCGACCCCGAUGGCGACGUAUUACUUACACUCCACAAUCCUGCCGCUCCCUUUGCCGUCUGGGUCAAUCGUACUCUCCUACCUCCACCACCGCCCCAUUCUGAUUCCCAACAUGUCUCCGCCAAAACCGAUGAUGAUGGAUCACUCUCGGCCAAGAAACCGGAUGUUCGCUUCCUACUCUCUUCGAAACACUUAAGUUUAGCCUCCGACUACUUCAAGCGCAUGUUUCGAAGUCCCUGGAAAGAAAGCAGCGCAGAUCUUUCGACCGGCUACCACCAUGUUGACGCUAAAGAUUGGGACCCCGAUGCUCUGCUCAUCCUGAUGCAAAUCCUCCAUUGCCAGAACGCCGCAGUUCCGACAAGCGUUGACCUCGAGAUGCUUGCCAAGCUUGCCGUCCUCGUCGACUAUUACCGGUGUCACGAUGCAACCACAAUAUGGGUGAAAACAUGGAUUCCGAAUGUUAAGGACUCCGUUCCGAGUGUUAAGUCCUGCUUUCCGAACAAAUGCGGGCGAAAUCUCAUUCUGUGGAUCCUCAUUGCCCGAGUGUUUGAUCUGCAGGACAUAUCCCGCACGGUGUUCGAAGUAGCCUGCAAAUAUUGUCCGUGUCCUUUGCCAACACUGGAUCUACCCAUUGUGUCGGUAGCUGAGAAAGUCAAUUCAAUCAGACUUCAUACACUGGAGGGUAUAUUUGAUAUCCUGGAUUGGUUUCUUGCCAGCUAUUUGAAUGGUACGGCUGGAUGUUCAAUGGAAUGUUCAGCUAUGUUGCUAGGGUGGCUCACUAAACGUAUGGAUGGCCCAAAAAUUUUACCCGAUGAACGAGAGUGUCCAUACCUUGGACACAGUACUGCUAGUGUUAUAGAAGCAAUUAAGGGCUUCGGGUCUCCGAGAUGGUACCAUAAUGAUGAUGAGUUAGAACAUCCUUGUAAAUUGUUUUACGGGCAGACAGAGUUAGGUACUUGGAUAGCACUUCGCGGCCUGGAUUUGGAAUCUUUGAUAAACGAUCCAAACAGGAGAACCCGAUAAUAUUCAGAGAUCAUUUAAUGGCAGCCUUGAAACUGCCGAGGUAAAUACCUAGUGAUCCUAUAACAGUAGCAACGACAUAGAUGAACUGCCAGACUACCAUUUAACUAGGUACCUUAUUUCGGAACAAAAAACGUGGAUACACUGCACCUUUACAAGAAGCAACGAACCAAAAGCCCCUUCCGUCUAUUUUGUCUCAACCGCUUGGGAUACUAGGCAGGUAACUACAUAGCUAACAAUUAUAUGCAAUCUCCGACCCCCCAAACCAGCCCCUUUUCAUUCGUUAUCCAUUCCAGGUUUCCUCCCCCCCUCCCCCCUUCCCCCACCC